AUGACUACGGACAAUUCGACAAAUCCAGCCAUAUGGCCUACUUCCAUGCCUUCGUCAGACGUGAAACAGCUGGUAAAACGCUUCUUCACUUUGGUAGACACGAGUUCGGAUGAUGUAGGGCAAAAGUUAGCAGAUGAGGUCUUUACCCACGAUGGAGUGUUCAUUACAGCAAACGCAACAUUCCAAGGGUCGGCAGAGAUAUUGCACUCUAGAAAGGGUGCCUGGACGACUGUGAAAAAACGACGUCAUACAAUCUUGAAGAGCUAUGUGAACGACGUACACGGCACGGAUAUCAUUCUUGUAGGAAACUUGAAAAUGGAAACACUGGAUGGAACAAAGACAAGUCUCGAGUUUGUGGCUCGUAUGGAAAUUGAAGAACAAUGGCCCGGUCCCAAAAUAAGUCAAUAUCAGGUUAUCAGUCCGGCUCCAAAGGACUCGCGGCCUAUUGUGGAUAUUGAGUGA